GCCAGGCUUCCUUGGAUCCUUAAAAAUGCGUUUUCAUAAAGCGGUUUCAAAGCCUCUUGACCCACUAAUUCAGCGCGUUUUCUAGCAGAGUCUAUUGGGAGACCGCAGGGCGAAAGGAUGACAGCUCGAGUGUGCUGCGCAUUGAUUGCGGUUUUAUUGUGUCUCUCUGUAUGCUUGAGCAGAACACCCGUUGAAGGUCCAGACAUAGAAGGACCCAUUCGUUUGGUUACAGAGUUACCAAAAAAGCCAGGAGUGUGUCCAAGCGAAAACCUUGGAGAAGGCCUGUGUGUUGAGAGGUGUUCCCAUGACCGUAACUGUCCGAAUGAUCAGAAAUGCUGCAGCAAUGGAUGUGGACAUGAAUGUACAGCUCCAUUUAAAGCAAAGCCAGGAGUGUGUCCAAGUGAAAACCUUGGAGUAGGAAUUUGUGCUGAGAUGUGUUUCCAUGACGGUAACUGUCCGAAUGAUGAGAAAUGCUGCAGCAAUGGAUGUGGACAUCAGUGUAUGUCUCCAUCUAAAGUAAAGCCAGGAGUGUGUCCAAGGAGAUGCUUUGGAGCCAGAUUGUGUGCCGAGUUGUGUGCCCAUGACGGUGACUGUCCAGACGAUGAGAAGUGCUGCAGAACUAAAUGUGGACAUGAAUGUACACCUCCAUAUGAAGUGAUGCCUGGUGCAUGUCUCAAACCGAAUGUGUGCUGAGAACUCAUCCCAUGAUGAUCAAUGUCCUGCCAGACGGAAGGGUUGUCCAACCACCUGUGGCCAUGCAUGCAUCUAACCAUGCUGAUUUAAUUUAUUUUUGCAUGCCAUA